CGCCCAGGGCUGGGAUCCCCGAGUCGGGAUCCUGAACCGCCACGCAGCCGUGAAGCUGCAUUUGACAACAGGAAGGAAGAAACUCAGCUUUCACCACGGCCACGGCCCUCCAGGACAUCUUCCUGUGGAACCAACUGCUGGGACCAACCUAAGACUUGCAGGCACAGCAAUGGAGAAUUUGGAUGUCCCAAUCCCAGAUCUUACUGAAGAACAGCAAGAUAUUUUUCAGAGAGUUUUUGCUGCUGAUGCCAAGUACUUGGAGAAUCAUGAGAAAAUGAACCAGCCCUUCUGGGAAUCACUUGUGAAAUGCUUGGCCACUACUGACCCACCUAUCCUGAAUACUGAAGAAAAGAACAAUCUCCUUAACACCUGUGAUGCCCUCCCCGGAGGCUGUGCUGCCUGCCUGAAAGCCAUAGAGAAGAAAGGAGUCAGGGCAAUGGCUCUUCUCUACCUUUUGCUGAAGACUUCCAACCCAUCUGGGUACAGGCAGCUGCCCAGCUCCAAGGGAAAGGAUGAAAAAGUGAAACUCCUGAAGAGUUUGGAAAGGAAUUUUGUAUAUUCAGAAGAGGACAAAAAGUCUGAAAACUCAUCCCAGGAGUCCACGGAUGAAGAUACACAAGACAGUGUUGAGGAAGAUUUAGGAAGACAAAAGACUGAAGGCCAGUUACUUGGAGGAAUACCAGCAGAGGUGGUUCCCUACAGAGAUUCAGAGGUUGCCAGAAGAGAAGAUUCAGAUGUAGAUGCAUAUGAGAAAGAGAGCACUCACCCCCCUCAGUGGACAGUACGGUGGAUGGGCAUACGGAAGGAUGAUGAAUUCUUUCAUUUUGUCAUUCUUUGCUUUGCAAUUGGAGCUUUACUAGUUUGCUACUACUACCACAAAGACUGGACUAUUUCUCUUGGGAUUGGUUUGAUCACCUUUGCUUCCCUGGAAACCACUGGGAUAUACUUUGGUCUAGUGUACCGAAUUCGGAGUGUCCUUGACAGCUUUGUUCCUCUGAUUGACAGAUUCAGGCCAAGAGGCAUGAGGAAAGCUGCCUAGGAGGAGUAUUUCAGGAGAGUUCCCCAAACCUGGCUGUCCAAAUUUCCAGUACUAAAGGAACUGCUUUAUGAGGUGAACCUAACAACCAAAUGGCCAAUGUGAAAUACUGAAAUGUGAAACCUCUGAAAAACAUCACUCUUUCCCUCCAAAAUAAACCUGAAACUGGGGUACGGGGCCCCACUCUGGAUUUUGAAGUGGUUUGAGGCUCAGCAGAGCUUGGAAGACAAUGGAGAUGUAGCUUUGUGUUCAAUUCCACUGAAAUACAAACACAGUCACCUUCCCUGCCCCAGGCAGCCACGUGGUGGUGCAUCCCUCAUUUAACAAACCAUGCCAGUCUGCCCGUGGUGUACCAGAACCAACAGAACAAUGUCCUGUGCUGGUUCUGGCUGAGGCUCUGGCUGGUUCUGAAGGGAUUCUGGCCUCCUCCUCCUCCUCCCUGCGCUGCUGCCCAGAGCAGGCAGAGGCCGGCCCUGCUCUCCCAGCUGAGCCCCGGCGGUGCUGGGGCUGAUGAAUCGAUUGUGGCAGAACUCGAAGCAGUGGGCGGGCAGUAGUUGCACCCGAGGAGUGCUGGGAAGAUGUUACAGGCACUGACAGAGUGCUGCAGUAAUGAGAUUAUUAACAACUGCAGAUUUCAUCUUUUCUCAGGAGAAAAACAAAGUACUUGAUUUGACUCAUCCCUUAACCUUUCUUUCUUGGAGUAAAAUAAACACAAAACUUUGA